GGAAAAUACAGCACUUCUCAUUUUUGGCUACUUUGAUUGAUAUAUCAUUGCUUACAGUUCAAUAGUGACUACCAAGACUCAGAUCAAACAUCACUUUCAUCAACAACGCGCAACUUGUGCCCAUAAAAUAUUGCUAGAUUACGGCAGAAACUUCUUCAUCGAUACUCAUAAAUCGCUUUACAAAACCCUUAAAAAUAGGAAUUUCGAAACAAUGCCACACAUGGAUACCGAUUUCCCUAGUUCAGAAAACAGCAGUAACUCAGAAAGGACCAAAUGCCUAUCCAAAAUGCUUGUAGCUCCACCAUCAUCACCCCAAACACCUGAUAAAAAAUGCAGAUUUUCCAAGCGCAGUUUUGAGAAGUCUCCAUCACCUUCCCCAAUAUCAAAAUUCAAUGCGGAAUCUUUGGGGCACCUAGAAGGUUCACUUGACUUCACAGAAAAACGAACGGAAGUCCGGGACAUUCCAUCUCCACCAAAAAGACAACGAAUAACACAGACUGUGGUAGGAGGAGAGACAAACAAUAAGUUUGACAUAACCGAGGUCAAACCUAAGAUUCGCGAGAGUCCUCUAUCAAGAAGAGAGAGACGAAUUUUAGAGAAAAGACGCAGACUACAGCUGGUGAUAAGAGGAAAAGAGAAGGUAGAUGACAUUGUUGCCGCUCCAUUGACAAGUCUUGCAGACGAAACUCGUUGUGGAAAUGAUCCCGCCGUGGAAGACAGAGACAUAAAACAGGACAACGGGAAGGUGGAAGAGACUCAAGUACCUCCGAAAAUUGAACAAAUGAAACCAGAAAGUGGAAUUGGUAUUAACUCGACCAAUCUCGAGAUGGAUUUAUUUGAUGGAAAUAAAGAAAUGGUUGAUGGAUCCAAAAUUCUUUCCCCACGCCCAGAACCAAAUGAGCUCAUCUCACACGAAAAGAAAGAUUCGGGAGUUUAUUUGGAAUUUCUCGAGUUAUUGUAUGGCGAGACAGGACCAGAAGCUAAGAAAGAGAUGAAAGAAUUAGCCCUCGUUAUUGAGAGCGUGAAACGCAUGUUAAUGAGUGGAAAAUUAGAAAGACAAUUGCAGAAGAUUGAUAACAGAAAGACAAGAGAUAAAAUGUAUCUCAAGGCCUUGGAGUCUUUGAACGACGACACGGCAACAGAGUCUAACAACAGAAACGAAGAUCUUGGGCUCAUCAUUGAAAUCUUUAAAUUUGUUCGAAGCGGACAGUUGGCAAAGGACUUACAGAUAUUGAGAGAAAUUUUCGAAGCGUGUCAGAGAGGCAUGGACCGGUUGAUUAAAGAGGCAGAAGCGGCUUAUGCAAGAAAGUCGCAAGAAGAGCAGCUUAUUUCGCCCAUUUCAUCCAAGGGUUCUAUUUCUUCUGAAAGUGACUGUCAAGUUGUUGUGCCUCUAACAAAAGAAUAUGAAGCUAUCACAAUAAACGACAUACCAGACAAGAAAUUUGGAGGGGUUGAAUCGAUAGGAAAAAUUUCGGAGAAGGUCUGGAAAGAGUCAGUUUGGGCGGCCACGAAGCCUCAAUGGAGAGAGGAUUUUCCAUUGCCUGCAGAUUUCGACGAGGAAGCUGUUAUGUUGCAACAAGCUUUUAUUCAGUCAAACUAUGACGAGUUUGUAAGAUCAAAGAGCUGCCGUGCCGCCUCUUGCUCAACCACUUAUGGAAACGAUAUCAUCGAAAAGAAACCCAAUACCACCAUCAUAGGAGGCUUUGAGAAGGCGAAAGAAGAAAACAUUGAGGGCAUUAGCCUUGAAGACCAACAGGAUGCUGAUGAUGAGAGCUCUGAUACGUCCGAGUCUGAAUCUGCCCACUGCAGUGCCUAUAGUAGUGAUGAAGAAAACGAGCUCGACACAAACAAAACAAGCGAAGUGGAAAAACUGACUGAAAACAAGGAUUUUUCGGAUGCAUCAAUCGAAUGCACAAUGAAGGACCUUGUCGUUGCUACUGUAGAUCAAUUGAAACAAGACUUCAUAAGUAUGUUUCACAAGAAGCGUUGUGAAUCGACUGGGAACGAGUUCGACAAUCUUACGGACGAAAAGUUUGUCGCAACUACUGCAGCAGUGGUAAGAAGAACAUUAAAAUUCUUGAAUUUGGACGCAUUUAGUGAGGCAUUGAAAAAAGCAACUGAAGAUGUAUUGGCAGAGGGAAAAGAAAAACAGAGUUGCUGUGUUACUACAUCUGAAUACGCAGCCUCUAUUGAACAAGAAAUCUUCAAGAAGUGGACUAUCGCCUAUCCAGAGGGUAUUCCAAUGCAUUCUUUUGAAUUCGCGCGAGCCAUCCAUAUCGUUAUCUCCCUCACAAGGUCUACUCCCUACAACUGUGCUAUCCUUGAAGACACCCCUGAAUGCAAGUACGAUGCAUUAGUAGUCUAUAUCCAAUACUACUUGGAUACGUGUACCGAAAAAAGGCGCACAGAACUUGUUGAGGGACAUUCGCUUGAUCAACAGCUUCAAACGAUCAGAGAAAUGCACUCUUUUGUUUAUUGGUGGAAGGAAGUGAGUGAGGAACUUGAAGGAUUGUGGGGGGAGUUAGUACUGAAUAGGGAGGCUCUAGAGAACUAUGAUGCAUAUGGAGGUAGUUGGAGUAAGUAAGGAUGAGGCUGGAAGAGAUUGAAUUUUGUGCAUGGGAACUUUGGGGAUAUGCCAGUAGGAUGGCUGCUGCCACGACGCUAGUCUGAGAUUGCUUUAAAGCUCAUAAGUGGAGGAUUAGAGAUUAUCUUUAUUGACGCGACGCUUGUAGUUCUUGAUAUUCAACAACAAAAAAUGAAAUAUAAUUUAGCUCA